AUCUUUACUGUCACUUUACUGUCAACCCGGUGGUGCAAGUGUGAGGUUAACAAUAGUGUUUUCAAAAAAUUUUGAUUUAACACUCUUAUAUUAAUAUAUAAAAGUAUGCCACCCAAAAAAGCGCAAGAGCCGGAAAGAAAACCGCUUAUCGGAAGAGUCGGUACCAACUUGAGGGUCGGUAUAGUCGGAGUACCGAACGUCGGAAAAUCUACAUUCUUCAAUGUGUUGACCAAGAGCUCAGCAGCUGCAGAGAACUUUCCCUUCUGUACCAUAGAUCCAAAUGAAAAUAAGGUGCCAGUUCCAGACGAGAGAUUCGAUUUUCUUUGUGAAUAUUUUAAACCUCUUAGCAAAGUGCCAGCUUUUCUCAAUAUUGUCGAUAUCGCAGGUUUAGUAAAAGGAGCGUCGGAAGGUCAGGGACUCGGAAAUGCAUUUCUUUCACACAUCAGUGCCUGCGAUUCCAUAUUUCACUUGUGCAGAGCCUUCGAGGAUGACGAUGUUACUCACGUUGAAGGAGAAGUUGAUCCUGUGAGAGAUCUGGAUAUUAUCUGUGAAGAGUUGCGAUUGAAAGAUGAAGAGAUGUUAAUGAAGAAUUUGGAAAAACUCGAGAGAACCGUUGGUAGGGGUGGAGACAAGAAACUAAAGCCAGAAUAUGACACUCUACUUAAAAUAAAACAAGUCUUAGUUGACGACAAGAAACAUAUUAGGUUUGCAGAUUGGAAUGCCAACGACAUUGAGAUAUUGAACAAAUAUCUGUUUUUAACAUCAAAACCAGCAAUGUACCUAGUGAACCUCUCUGAAAAGGACUACAUCAAGAAAAAGAACAAAUGGUUGGUUAAAAUCAAGGAAUGGGUUGACAAACACGAUCCCGGUUCUCUCAUAGUACCCUUUUCCGGCGUGUUCGAACAUAAACUGGUAGAAGAAUACGAAGAUCCCGUGCGGAGGAAGACCUUUUUGGAAGAAAAAGGUACCACCAGCGCGUUAGAUAAAAUCAUUGUUCAAGGGUACAAGACUCUACAGUUAGAAUAUUUCUUCACUGCUGGAGCUGACGAAGUAAAGGCUUGGACCAUUCAGAAAGGAACCAAAGCGCCUCAGGCUGCAGGUCGCAUCCAUACCGACUUCGAGAAAGGAUUCAUCAUGGCCGAAGUUAUGAAGUUCCAGGAUUUCAAAGAAGAGGGCUCAGAAGCAGCAUGCAAAGCUGCAGGUAAAUACCGCCAACAGGGAAGAAACUACGUAGUUGAGGAUGGUGAUAUAAUCUUCUUCAAAUUCAAUGCUGGUGCAGGUCUGCAAGCUAAGAAGAAAUGAUUGUCACUUUCCGUUACUGUUUGUGUUAUGGUUUAUUUAUACAUCAACAUGAUCUUUUUCUAUGCAAGCAUUCGUUGUUGAAAAAUACCUUUACUCUUUUGUUAUAUGACGCUGUUUUUUAUUGCUAUCUAAUUAAAUUUUGCAUAGAUAUACCAGCCUUUUAAACUUAUAACAUUGUCUUAAAUAAAUAAUUUUAUAUACUAA